ACCCUUUUUUGGGUGUAUUUGAAAUUUUGAAUUGAACCAGUUGUUCAUCUCCCCCCUCUCUUCUAACAUAUUUAUAGUUGUCUUUCAAGUUUCAAUCUUGAGUUGUCUUGAGCCUUUUGCCAUGAGUGAGACCCAGAACAUGUCAAUGGCUAUUGUUCCAUUUCAGGAACACAUACCCUCCUCUUGUUCACCCCCAAAGUUAAACAUUGAGAGACCACCAAAGGCAAAGGAGCAUGUUUCCAGGGACAAAUCCUUAUGUCUCAGAGAUGUAACCAAUGCGGUCAAUGCUGAUACCAUGAAGCCUGAAAGUAGCAAACUGAAGCGAUGUAAGAAAACUACCAUGGAAAGCUUAUAUGAUACUUCCGAAGCUCAGUCCUCUGUUAUGGAGAGAGCAAAGAAGCUUGAAGCCACUCUAGCACCUGAGUUUCCUAGAGUGGCCAAAGUUAUGCGCCCAUCAAAUGUCACUGGAAGCUUCUGUCUUAAUCUUUCUAAGAACUUUUGCUCUGAGUAUUUGCCAAAGCAGGAUACAAUGAUUGCUUUAGAAGAUGAAAGUGGGAAAGAAUACCAAACGAAAUAUCUUGUGGGAAAGGCUGGACUUAGUGCUGGAUGGAGAGGAUUCUCAAUUGCUCACAAAAUAAUGGUUGGUGAUGUUGUGAUUUUUCAUCUGGUCAAUCCUUUCAAAUUUAAGGUGUACAUUGUUAGAACAAAUGGUUUAGAUGUAGCAGAUAGUGCUCUUGGCCUUGUUAAUUUAGAUGUUGGCAGGCAAAUGUAUACAGGUGCGGAAGUGUCCAUUUCUCGUGAACCUAUUUCAAAGAAGAAUACCACAGCUUACAUUUCCUCUGGAAAUGAAACUGAAGAGUUUGGUCCUGAAGUUCUGGAUGGAAUUAGGCUUGCAGAGUCUGUUAUCCCUUUCAACGAAGUUAAAAGCAUGGAAAACUUUGAUGUCAUCAUCAAUGGGUUGGUCCUAAAUUCCGAGUUCUCAAAGUACCAUCUGACCAAGUACUACGAGCUGUGCUGCAGUCAAAACUCAUUCCUUCAUGAGACUAUUCUUGAGUUCCUUAACUUUAAACUGGUUGCCGGAAUAAUCUCUGAGACAAUCAAUAUUUCAGAUGCCAUUAGAGCCUCCAAGAUUACUACUUCAGAUCAUGACUUUUCAACUUGGGAUAAGACUUUGCAAGCCUGUGAGAUGUUGGGCAUAAAGGUUGGCUUCCUGCGUACCAGGCUACACAAGCUUGCAAGCCUUGCUUUAGAAUCAAAACAAUUUAGUAAUCUUGAAGGAGACCGAGCUGAAGCAAGACUAAAGCUUUCGGGGGAAAAGGAGACCACAAGUUGUCAUGAUUCUGAGAUUGAGAGGCUUGAAGCUAUGUUCCAAGAAGUGGCUAGGGCCGCAUGGUGAUGCCAAACUUCAGUACCGGGGCUACAUGAUGAAGACUUCUGUGUUAUUUGUGCUGGUAUUUUUGUAGAGCUUAUGCAUACCCCAGCAGUUUAGCCAUCCAGUUUCUGUGUUGAGUAAUUUAACUGCUGAAUACAACUAUGAUGAGGGUAAUGGAACCUCAUUGACCUUAAUUUUAUUUCUUAUCAUUAAGAGCUA